AUGGAUCUGUCCAGUAAAGUAACACUUGUGUAUUCUUUCUUUGCACCAAUUCUGGCAGUCACUGCAGGAGCCUUCACUAAUGCCUAUAUUUCUUCAGUGAUUUUGCUGGAUUAUUUUAAGACCAAAAUGAUGAGCUCAAGCAAUAAAAUAUUACUUGCCCUGAGCUUGUCCAAUGUUUAUUUUUCUUUUAUUUAAUUUUUUUGCUCAAUUAUUAGUUUUGUGUGGCCCCACAUUGCCACAAACAAUUACAUCAAGGGCUGUAUCCUGGCUCUGCUCAUAUUUGGCAUUUCUUCCACUGCCUGGAUAACAACCUGUCUCUGUGUCUUCUACUUUGUGAAGAUAAUCAACUUCAGCUCUGGGCUUUUCGCUUGGUUUAAGUUGAAGAUCGACAUCAUUGUUCCGUGGCUCAUACUGGUUUCAGAAGUGGUGUCCUUGGGCUGUAGUUUCCUUACUUUACUGCCCUCUGUUAAUAUCCAAGAACCUUCAUCAAACUCCUCAAUGUUUUACUCACUCAACUCAACAUCAGGAGCAACUGGCAUCAGCGCUGACUUCAUUAAGGUUACGUUCAUUACUGUUUGUGUUCCUUUGCUGAUUAUGAUUGUUACUACGUUCCCUACUAUUAGGACACUUUAUUUGCACAGUAGGAGAAUGAAGAACACAGGGACAUCUAGCAGUCUUGCUCCUCAUCAAAGUGCAGUGUUUAUGAUGGCAUGGCUCCUAUUUUUAUAUACCGUCUUUUUUGUGGUAUUGUUUACAGGUUUUAUUCAAAGUUUUACUCCACCAAGCUUUGCAUAUUGGAUGACUUAUAACCUGAUAUAUGUAGCAACAUUAGUACAAUCCGUUGUUCUAAUUCUAGGUAACCCUAAACUAAAAGAAGCAAUUACAAUAUGUUGUUGUUUUGUUUGCCACAAAAGCUGGUAA